GAGCGAUUGGCCGGGCCCCAUGACGCGCCUGCCCCCUCCCCGCCCGGGGGCGGAGGGAAGCGGGCCGGGUGCCCCCAGCCGGAGCCGGAGCCGGGGGAGCGGCCCGCGAGAGGCCGAGGGUGCCCGGGCGCAUCAGGGCUUCGCAGCGCGCAGGGCUCCCCGGCCCGACGGGCGCGCAGCGGCAGCGCCCGCCCUGCCCGGCGCGGCUGGAGCCCGGGCGGGGGGAUGCCGUUCCCGGGCGGGCUCUGGUGGCUGCUGUGCUGUCGGCAGGGCUUCACCCUGCUCCGGCGGGACUAUGGCGAGCCGGACAAGGAGCCGGACGGGGAGGCCGAGGAGGAAUCGUCCUUCGAGCUGCGGAGCAAGGGAGCCCAGGUCACUGCCGGUCUCGGAGGAGAUGCGCAGCCUCAUCACGGAGAAGGGGCCGGGGCCAGUGGAGGAUGAUCCUGAUGCUAUCGUGAAAGGCUGGCUGCAGAGGGAGGCACGGGGGGGCGUGAAGGGCCCAUGGAUCCGGCCCCGGAAGUACUGGUUUGUGCUGACCCAGGACUCCCUGGAUUACUACAGCGGCAGCGAGGUGGGGGCCAGGCGCCUUGGCACCCUGGUGCUCACCAGCCUCUGCUCCGUGCUGUGGCCCGACAAGCAGACCUACAAGGAGACCGGCUACUGGAGCGUGACGGUGUUUGGCCGGAAGCACUGUUACCGCCUGUUCACAGAGCACCUGAACGAGGCCGUGCACUGGGUGUGUGCCGUGCAGAAGGUGAUCCACAGCAAGGCCCCCGUGCAGACGCCCACGCAGCUGCUCAUGCACGACAUCGAGGAGAACCGCGGGAGCCCGGAGAUCCUGGAGCAGAUCUACCGCUGCAACCCGGUCCUGCGCUACACCAGCGGCCCACUCUAUGCGCCCCUGCUGCCCUUCCCGUACGGCAGCUCCGACCACCGCGCCCCCGGCCCCCACGGCUACAUGACCCUGCGUGACGAGGCCGUGAAGCUCUUCAACUCCCUGCAGCAGCUGGAGUCGGAGCGAGACCCAGUGCCCCUGAUCCAGGGCAUCCUGCAGACCUGCCUGGAUCUGCAGCCCCUGGUUGACGAGAUCUACUGCCAGCUGGUCAAGCAGACCACGGAGCCGCCGGCCCCUGGGGGGCCGGGCAACCUGCGCUGCUGGCAGCUGCUCACUUGCAUGAGCUGCACCUUCCUGCCCUCCCCGCCGGUUCUGCGCUUCCUGAACUUCCACCUGGGCAGGACAGAGAGCGAGUUCCCUGGCUCGGAGAUGGCGGAGUACGGGCGCUUCAUCGGGGCGGCCCUGGGCAAGACCCGGGUGCGGGAGUGCGUGCCCUCACUGGACGAGAUCGUGGUGCUGAUCCAGCGGCAGGACAUGCUCUGCACCGUGCACUGCCCUGGAACCUCCGCUUGCACCGUGGCCAUCAGCUCCCACACCACGGCUGAGGAGGUGGCCCGGGAGCUGGUGGCUCGGCUGGGCUUGUCUCAGAGCCCCAACGUCUUUGCACUCUACGAGCAGAACCGGCACCAUGAGCGGCCCGUGGGCAGGGCCACGCUGGUGGCCGACGUCCUCACCAGGUUUGAAAACCUGGCAGGGGAGGAGACGACGCAGGACUCGACCUGGAGACUCUGCUUCAAGCACUACGGCUUCCUGGACACAGAGAACGUGCCCCGGGACAGCGUGGAGUUCACCCUCCUGUUUGAGCAGGCCCACGAGAUGGUGAUCCGGGGCUACGUGCCCACGUCGGAGGACACGCUGCAGUCCCUGGCCGCCUUGCGCCUGCAGACCCUCAACAGCGACUUCUCCACGCACGCCCCCGUACCCCGCCCGGAGGAGCUCUUCCCCGUCCACGCGCUGCACUCCCGCCUCCGGGCCUCCUGCCAGGGCCCGCCCCGGUGCUCCGGCACCCGCCUCCGCGCGGGGCUGCUGGCCGGCGCCCUGCCCUGGGGCCACUCACUGGCCAAGCAGCAGGCGGAGCAGGACCAGAAGUUGCGUGGCCGUCUGCGCGAGGAGGGGGCCAGCAUGAUGGCUGCCAUUGUGGACAGGUGGAAGCUGCUGCAGGGCAUGCACCGGGCCGAGGCCAUGGCCGCCUACCUGGCGCUGGUGCGGGAGUGGCCAGGGUUUGGCUCCACCCUCUUCGAUGUCGACUUCCACACGAGCGCGGAGGGCAGCUGCCCCCAGCGCCUAUGGCUGGGCAUCGGGGCCAAGGCUGUGUCUCUGUACAAGCCCGGGGAGGCUGAGCCCUUCGACAGCUUCUGCUACGGCCGCAUCUCAUCCUUCGGGGUGUCUGAGAGCAGCACCUUCCGCCUCUCCGUGGGGGACAGGGACCUGCUCUUCGAGUGUUCCCGGGUGGAUGAGAUUGCCCAGCUCCUGCACACGUACCUCACCAGCCUGGCCAGCGGGCAGACGCCCCCACGGGAGGAGCUGGCCAACGGCUGCCGCCCUGGGAACUCACCAGACUCGGGCCUCCGUCCCCCACAGCAGAGACUGUGCCCAGCAACCGAGCCCUGGCGGCACCAGUCCAGUGCAGGCUCCUUCCCCAUCUAGCUUGCUGGCCCCGUGUGCCAGCCCAGGUCACGUGCCCUUUGGUGGGCCCCUCCUGCACUAGCCGUGGUCCUGGCGUGCGCAGGGGGCUGCGGCUGCCCCGGGGCGGCUUGCGCCCUGCCAGCACUGUGAGAAUCCUGCCCACUGGGCUGGGGAGCUGGGACAUCGGCUGCUGGGGUCUGGUUUGGGCCCCAGGGUCAGAGCCCUGGAACUACGUGGUCCUGAGGAGUUGGACGCUCUGUUCCCAGUGUGGCAUCUAUAGCCCCUGGCUCUGAGCAGGGGGUUGGGGGUGAGGGGCAGAGACUCGCUCCCCCCACUCAGCUGUUGGGUUGCUAGUUUAUUUCCUUAAUUUAUUUGUAGAAACACCAGCUCCCCGCACUCUCCCUGGCACCCCCGGCUGGGUGCUGCAGGUGCCCGGCCCGGCGGGGGUGCGCCAGACGCUGCUUGGCACCUUAUUCCUGGCUCUGUCCUGGGGUGCUGGUGUUGGUGCCUUGCCAGCUCGGGGGGACGUUGCUGUGGCACGACUGGUUUGUCAUGCCCGUCCCUGCCCGGGCUGGGGAUUCCCCCUUGCAAGUCCUGCUCGGCUGGUGGGAAAGGGGGGGACCUCCCAUGCCGCCCCUGAGUUCUGGCGAUGACUGUGGGCACCAGCACGGGUGGGCCAAGCUGUGUAGCUGCUUGGGGGCCCUGAGGCUGGCCAGUUGCUGCGGGGGUGGGGUUGGCAGUCUGUUUGCUAGGACCAUGGGUGGGAGGUGCAGAGGCUGCUGUCAGCGCCGGUGCUGGCAAGGGGUGUCACCUCCAGGCAUCCUGGGCCGGCACCACCUGAUCCCGCGGAUAGUCACUGCGGUGACUUCUCCCAGCGCUUGAAGGGUUAAGGGGCCUCUCUCCCGUCUGCCUGCCUGGGGCCGAGCUCCCCUUGGGGAGGUCCCCGGUGGCGUUCCCAGGUGCCUUUACGCUGCUCGGUGCCAUGGCACCGGGCCCCCUGCGGAGCAGAGCCCUGCCCUGGGCCCAUUGGUAACUUGCAGCAUCCUCCUGCCUUCCACCCCCAUCCGUCUGUCUGUCCUGUGCACCAAGCACCUUCCCCCUCUCUGCCCCAGAAAGCUGCAGGCGGCCUCUGAGUGGCGGCUUGUUCCCGCGUGGGCCUGUCUCCGUGCUGUGCCGGUCAGGCCCUAGAGAUGCAGUAGCUCCAUGUGGGGGUGCUGUGGGCCAGGCCCAGGUUGGGGGGGCCCUUCAUGGGAGCGGGGGCUCAGACCUCUCUCUGUGUUGCCUCUGUAAAGUUCCUGUUCUUGUUUUUGUAAUAAAUGCCCAAGGAAAGUGCA